AUGAUCGGUUGCAUUUUAAGGAUCUUGCGACAGGACGAGAAGAGUAACUUGCGACACGCCGUGUCGUGUGCUCGGAGCAUUCAUGCCCACUCUUUUGAAUGUUCCGGAGGUGAGGACAUAUUUCCCAGAGGUCAGCUUAAAGUUGCUCCGUAUCUACGUAAUUAUGCGAAACCAUCGGUGCGUCGUGAAGAAGAUUCUACUACAGAAUACCAUGAUUUGAAUACUGGUUUGGACGGUACCAUCCAGGGACGUUCAUUUGGAAAAUCUGAUGACCCUUCUUUGGUCAGUAACCCAGAAAACAUAAAACCUCCCCUGGAGUCAGGAGAUGUGAGUGUUAGGACACAGGAAUAUCUACAAAAGCCCGUUGCAUUUGAAAAGACAAAUAUGAAUAGAGGCCAUUUAAAUGAUUUGCACCGUUCAAUUCAAAAUCGAUUAACUGGCUCUGGUUUCGAAACUUUUGAGCCGCAUCCUUUGGCUGGAAUGCAGUGUACGGGACAUCGAAUGAGUUUGGCUGAAUCUCAACAAAAUCUACCGAAACGAGGUAGUGUUUCUUCCUCAGGAGAUGAAACAGCUAAAGCCGCUGAGAGUUUUAAGUCCGAACAACUGGUUAGCAACGGAAUCAACCAAACAACUUCACACUCUGUCUCUUUGAAUAAGCUUUAUUCAUGUCUAAAGAGGAUGAAAUGCCGAAGAAACGAGGUAGGGCAAUACGAAGAUCUUGCAACGAUUUCCAUGAACGGUCGUGAACCCAGUCUUAAUAAAAAUUAUUUCCAAAGAGUCCUCGCGUCAAACAAUUCGAAUACCGCGCAAACACGCAGUGAACAAGAAGAAAUAUUUUUGCUUUUCGGUGGAAAAUCAAAGCCCGUACGCUUUCAAAUCAAUCCCGAAGGGCUCAACCUGUUGGAAAGGGAGUGGCGCAUUGAACUUAAGUCAAGAGAUUCGAUAUUUUGUAAUUCGGACGAGGAAGGUUUACAACUUUUGCAGAAGUUUCGAGCGCGGUUCAGAACCAACCCGCGGACAAAUGUACCGGAUCGAAGAACACCAAUGUUACCAAUACCUUGGGCUCGACAUGUUGUACAUAAAGGACGAAGUCUGAGCCCAGAGGAAAAAGAGCAACUAAAAGAAGAUGAAAGCGGACGAAAGCUUUCAAUUCACGUCUAUCUACCUAAUGCAGGUUGGGAUGUACAAGGGAAAAACUCUACGCCAACGACUCCAAUGUCUUCUCCUUCCAGAUAACGGGACUCAACUUGUACCAAACUAAAUAUACAUAAAAAAAACCAAAAGAAGGGAAAAAUGGAUACAGCGCUAUAUUUUAUUGUUACUUCCUUACGAACGUCUUUGGGUGGCCAUUUUACUUAAUUCAAGCAAAUUUUCAGCAGGUGCCGGUAGUGUUCACUUUGCGCUGAUUGUUUGCAACAUGUAAAUUUUUGCUAACACAUCCUAUUUGCACCGGCACUCAAAAAGCUAGUACAAACACAACAAAAGAUAUAUUGUCAAAUCCUUUUGUCGGAAGGAAAAGUUGAUGCAUGGUGUAAAUUAAUCUAAAAUUAAAUCAAAAUCAAUUAAAUUUCUUAAAGGUGAGUUAAUUGAUUUUCGUUUGACAAGGCAGUGAGCACGCGUGUGUGAAACGUGUACGUGUUCUGUUUGCUUCAAGUUUGAAAUUUUCCAACGGGAUUUUCAAAACCAGAAAAGAAACGUCCUGUCCCUUCUUACUGAGACAAUGUGAAUAAAAAUCAAUGAUAAAUUUUUCAGAGA